GUAUUUGUAGUAUUAGUACCCCACUGGUAAUCUAUGGCUCAGAGAGUUUAAAACCUCAAUAUCCCACAAUGCACUUCUUGGCCACGUUCAGUCUCCGAUACGUUCAAGCGUCUUGGAAGCGGUAGUCGUUUUUUAACUGGAGAAAUGGGGGAAUGGUGCAGCAUGCUGCCGCAGGAAUGGAUUGCAUUUGUGAACCAGGAGGUAAAAGUGACUACGCAGGAUAAACAGCAGUAUGAAGGCAUUGUGUUCACUGUGGAUCCUGUUUCUGGCAGCAUCGUUCUUGUGACCUUCGAGGAGAAAAGAAGUGCCUCUGUGAAGGUCGUCUUGGGUCACGCGGUGAAAGACGUCCAGCUCAUCAAGGCAGGAGAUGAUGAUACAGAUAGGAAAAUGAAGUCUCUCUUUACACCUGCUGGUAGUCAGGAAUUUAGCACCGAGGAGCUUGAAGAGCGUAAGAAGGACCUGCGAGCGUGGUUGGAGAAGAACCUCAUUCCCGUUACGGAUGAGGGUGACGUCCUGCGUGUGGCCAAUGUUCUCACCAUCAGCGCUCCUUACGACUCUGAGCAGUGCAGUAGCAGCAAUGAAAUCAUUCUGGCGAGAGUGCAGAGUCUGGUUGAAAGCAAGCCGGGACGAGAGCAGCAGUAAGAGCUCAACUCGUCACAUUGUGUCCUCUCUGUGAGAGGUCAUGAAGCCCAUGUGUUCCUCUUUCUACUGAGGAAGAUUUCUAAUGCACUGGACUUUGAUUAAAACACUUGCUGCACUGACAGGCUGUUAUGAUUUUUUUCACGAUUAAGUGUCCUAAUUUACGAAUCUGGAUAUGAAUAAAUCAUUCAGAGGAACGUUCA